GUUUCUCAGCAUAGUACCACUAGACUGUAACUACGACCACCACCAUGGACACGCAGACGGACACCCAGCUCUCCAUCGCCGAGUGCGACCAGCUGCUGACGACCACGCCCGGCUCGCGGUGGGAGGUCACGACGGCGAUCAUUGACGGAAGGGAACAGCGCGUGUGGAAGAAUCAACCACCACACUUCCGCGCCUUCCUCCUCGCCCAGCUCGACCGCUUCGCAGACCGCGACCUCGUCUCAUCACCAGAGGGCAAGUCGCGCGAGACAUCAACCUACGGCGACGUGCACGCGCGCGCUGUGAGUCUUGCGGCGUGGCUGCGUGGCCGGGGCCUGCGCGCCAGCUCGCGUGUCGCCAUCGGCGGGCUCAACUCGACCGAGUGGGUCGUGGCGUUCGUCGCCGUCCACCUGCUCGGCGCCGUGCCAGUCCUCCUCAACUCGACCCUCCACCCCGGCCAGCAGGCCCACUGCCUCACCAUCACCAAGCCCGACCUCAUCCUCGUCGACGGCAAGCUCGCAGAGCAGAUUGUGCCUGUCGCCAAGCGCCUCUCAGCCAAGGGCUACAACAUUAUCUUUGCAUGGUCAUCCAUCGCGCACAUCCCUGCAUCAAACCGUGCCGGCAUCCAGCAACUCACCGUGACUGCAACCGAGGCAGACGUCGCCGCCAUCGAGGCAGGCGAGGGGUUCGACCUCACGCCUGAAUCCGACGGCCAGAUCCUCUUCACAAGUGGUACGACGAGCGCACCCAAGGCAGUGCUGGUCACGCAGCGCGGCGCCCUCAGCCACAUCCUCUCGUCCAACAUCACGUCAGCACGCGCGACGCUCCGCGCGGGCGGCUCGUACGCCGACGCACAGGCGCGCCUUAACCCCCCAGCCACCCAAAACGUCAUGCUCGUCCCCGUGCCCCUCUUCCACGUCACCGGAUGCCUCUCGUGGCUCAUCAAGGCCAUGACCUUUGGCUCCAAGGUCGUCUUCAUGCGCCGGUGGGACGUCGACACGGCCAUCGACCUCAUCUCGAGCGAGCGCGUCAACGUCAUUGGCGGCGUGCCCGCCAUCGCCACGUCGGUCGUCAAGGCCGCCGACCGCCUGCCCCCAGGACACACGAUCUCGUCGGUCAACUACGGCGGUGCGCCGCCCCCUGCCUCGCUCGCCGCCGAGAUCCAGAAGGCGUGGCCCGGCGCGUCGCUCGCGAACGGCUACGGCAUGACCGAGACGAACGGCAUCAUCACGUGUCUCUCUGGCGCCGACUACAUUGCCAACCCUAAGUCGGUCGGCGUGCCCUUCCCGCUCACGCAGGUGCGCAUCGUGCACCCCGACACGCGCGAGCCGCUGCCCGCCAACGAGGUCGGCCUGAUUCUCGUCAAGGGCUCCAACGUCAUGAAGGGAUACCUUGGCGACGCGGCGGCCACACAGAAGGCGAUGCAGGACGGGUGGUUCGACACGGGCGACCUCGGCUCCAUGACCGCCGAGGGAUGGCUCUCGAUCGGCGACAGGCAAAAGGACAUGAUCAUCCGCGGCGGCGAGAACAUUGCCAGUGCAGAGGUCGAGCACGCGCUCUGCGAGGACCUGCGCGUCGAGCACGCCGCCGCUGUCCCAGUGCCCGAUGACGUCCUCGGCGAGCGUGUCGGCGUGGCCGUGACGCUUGCGCCGGGUGCCACCGCGACCCCGGGCGACAUCCUCGCGUCCGCCGAGCCUCGGUUACGGCACGCCGCGCGCCCCGCCGUCGUCGUCAUCCUGCCGACGCUGCCGCGCAACGCAUCCGGCAAGGUUGUAAAGACGGACGUUAAGAAGGUUGUUGGAAGGGUAUGGGCCAACGCGGCCCCGGUGAGCGCGCCGAGCUCAAACUCGAGCGCGACCCCGGCCCCGAUGUACGCCAAGGCGAAGCUAUAG